AUGGCUACCGGGAUCUCGAGUAUCAUUCUCUCACAUGUCAAGCUCUCGUAUACGAAAUUUUCCGAUGUUGAGCUAUCUCAUUUUGGCUGGUCUCAUAUCUCGUCUAUUCUUUUAGGUGUGAUCACACUUCUAGUCUUUCGGACAUUCUAUCGUGUUUAUUUUCAUCCUCUAUCCAAAAUACCUGGCCCCAAACUUGCCGCUGCUACACAUCUUUAUGAGUUCUACUAUGACAUAAUUUGUGGCGGCAGAUUUCUCUUUCAGAUUGAGAAGUUACACAAGAAAUACGGCCCCAUUGUCCGUGUCAGUCCACGUGAGGUCCAUGUGAUAGAUUCAACGUUUUAUCAUGAGAUCUACGCUCCGAAUACACGCAGGCGUGAAAAGGACCCAAAAUUUGUCCCUACAUUUGGGGUUCCAUAUUCCAUGGUUGCAACUGUAGACCAUGAACUCCACCGCUUUCGACGAGGUCUUUUGAAUGAUUUCUUCUCAAAACGUUCUAUACACUCAUUAUCUCCUUUUGUUCAAGAGCGAGUACAAAAGCUUGUAGAACGUUUUCAGGCAAUCCAUCAAGAAAAUCGUACCGUGGACCUUUGCAGCGCCUUUGCGGCAUUGACUUCUGAUGUUAUUACGUAUUAUUGCUAUGGAAAGAGUUGGUCUUUCUUAGAAGACAAAGAUUUUCGUAGCGAUGUUCGUGAUGCCACUGAAGAUUUUGCUCAAUUUAGUCAUUAUCAUCGUUUUUUCCCAUGGCUAAAUGGUUUAAUGCGUGCUAUCCCACCACAAGUAAUGGCGAAACUAAUGCCAGGGAAAGCUGCACUAUUUGAGUUUCAGAAAUCGAUUUUCCACCAUUUUUCUGCCACUAUUCAAGGCCGCACGAUUCCCUUGACGGGUGAUCACAACAUGUUUGCAGCAUUAACAGAUCCAAAGAUACCGCCAAGUGAGAGAACUCUCAGUCGCAUACAAGACGAGGCAUUUACCUUCAUUAUCGCUGGCACAGAGACCACGAUGCGUGCCUUGUCUUACGCAAUGUAUUACACAACCCUGGAUACUAGUGUCCGAGAGAAAUUGCGAAAUGAACUGAAACAGAUCUUGCCUACGCCUACUAGCACAGUGCCAUGUUGGGAACUAGAGAGGCUACCGUAUUUGACGGCUGUUCUAAAUGAGUCCUUGCGAAUGUCUAAUGCGCCAAUAAUCCGACUUCCUCGCGUUGCGCCGGAUGAAGCUUUGCGAUAUAAGGAGCAUGUCAUUCCGCCAGGGACACCUAUCAGCACAGCCACAUAUUUCGUCCAUCGCGAUCCGAAAAUUUUCCCUGACCCGGAAAGGUUCGAGCCUGAAAGGUGGAUUCGGGCUGCGGAGAAAGGCGAAAAUUUAACGAAGUAUCUCGUUACAUUCACAAAGGGAAGCCGGGCCUGCAUUGGAAUGAAUCUGGCCUAUCUAGAGCUAUAUCUAUCAGUUGCGUAUUUAACCCGCCGAUUCGAUUUCGAUGUUAGCGCAACCAAAGUGGAAGACAUCACUAUCACCCGUGAGAAAGUACUUGGUUACCCUGAGAAAGGCCGUGUAGCUAUUUUUGCCAAGGUGGACUCUGAGAUGUCGGAAUAA